GAAGCAAGACAAGAGAGAAGAGAGAGACAACUAGACAAGUCAGAACUCAGAACAUAGAAAGAAGUAAAGAACAACACGAUCACAAUAAUCACUCACGAAGUCACGAGCUCACAACUCUUUCUAGACAACCACAUAAAAUCUUUACAUGGGCAUAUUAUCAAAUUGAGUUAUUUCAAAUUGGAUUUUCACAUAGAUUGCGACAAUCAGGUAAUUUUGAAAGAUUGUGCUGAUGGAUGUUUGUUGAAAGGCAACUCGUUUUCAGAAAAUUGAACUAAGAACUUUGAAGAUGCAACGGAAAGUUAGAAGGAGAAUGAUGCUAGAACGUGUUAAUGCACUUAAUUUCCUCAGAAACAUAUCUUUGGAUGGAAAUGAAAACUGUGAAAAUAAAGUGGAGGUUGUUUUGAGGCUGCGAAAAAUAAGAGGAUCUGGUGAUGAUUUCAAAGAGCCUCCGUCUGCCAAUGUAAUCGAAGUCAAGGCUGAAGUGAAUGCAUUUCCGGAAGGCGAACCAAUCCUUGCAGCCGGCUCUGUGCUAAAAAGCGUUGUGCGAGAUGACCUUGGAUCAAGUUUUGGCUCACAAUUCGCUCCCAGCCAUGAAAUACAGAGUACUCCGUCAUCAAUCCAUUGCAAAACAAUGUAUGAUUCCGACUUAUCGAGGUUUUCCGAUGGCUCAAAAAGCUCAGAAACAUCUAAACUUGGGUCAGCUGUUCCUUUUAGAGAGAGAACAAACACAACUGGUAGUGACUACAGUGGAGACAGACGAGCCACUGGGGGCUCCAGGCGUAAAAGGGUGCUCUGCACUCCGAUGCUGGCUGACGACAAAUUCCACCGAAAUUACAGUAGCAAUGAGAGUUUGGCAUCUUCUACCAUUGCUAAAAGCAAGAUGUCUUCUAAUCAAGAAUUGACUGCUCCUAUUUCGAAGGAAGUUAAGGUUGUGAAAUUCAAUCAACUCCCUAAACAAGCCACAAGGGGCCAACGCUUGAUAUUGACAACCAAGAAUAAAGUUCCAUUUCUGAUAUGCUCUCAUAUUCCUUACACUAGGAACUAUCGAACUAACAGACCGGAACAACGCAAGGAAGCGGGGCGUCGGAGGAACACGUCCGGGCCACGACCUCUCUCUUCCAUCAAUGACUCACUCGAUCCGUUCGAUCUGUUAGGAAUUGAGAGAAGCCAAGAAGGAAUGGAAAUCAGUUAUGGCAGUUCUUGGUUCCUUCAAAACAAUUCUUCCGUGAGAAGAAAAUGUUACCUUUGGAAAUGGAUAUUGGUGAAAUUGUGGCUCCAGGGAAACACCAAACAGUGUCAAGAUGCUUUUCGUACGAUAGCGCUGCUGGAAACCACCGUCCUUCUGUUCCAGCCUCACCUCCUAUCAUUUUCUCUGAACAAAGAUACUUCUGUCAUUGACUAUGUUCGGCCGUUUGAUCUUAAAAAGGAGCUCAACGAUAAAUUCAAAGAGAAAUUCCCCAAUGUAGAACUCACUCUCAGCAAACUAAGGAGUUUAAAAAGUGAAAUGCGGAAAAUAGCCAAGCAUGACAAGGAUCCGGACCUUUUGACUGUAGCACAGGCCUACGUUUACUUCGAGAAGCUAGUGCUGCGUAUGCUAAUCAACAAAGAAAAUAGGAAACUUUGUGCUGGCGCAUGCCUUAUACUUUCGGCGAAAUUAAAUGACAUCAAGGGCGAAGCAUUAAAACAACUAAUGGAGCGAACAGAGAACGUGUUUCGGUUGAAUCGCAAAGAUCUGCUGGCAUCGGAGUUCGCCAUUUUGAUUGCGCUGGAGUUUGGCCUCCACGUUCCUGUCUGGCAGAUCAUGCCCCACUACCAGCGCCUCGUCUCAGAGUCCUGACAAUGGCAGCUGGCUUCUUCCAGAGGACUCUUCUAGUCAUUUAGCAACUGCAAGUCUGUUACCCAACUAGUAUUCUGUUUGACUGACUGUCGAUUUGCAGGUAGACUUGAUGGUGGAUGUUUUUGUAGAGUGACAUGAAACAUGUCAGGUGAAGAUCAUAUUCAAGCCAAGAUAUUAAUCAAGCAUUCCUAGUUAGAAAUGAAUAGGUAAAAAGAAACCUUGAGUUCAAUAGAGAAAAAAAUCGUUUUCUUAAGCUGGGUUUAAGACCAAUUCUUAUAGAUCCUUAUCUGGGAUUGAUUCCUAGUCUCUCUUCAGAACUGGUCGUAAUUUGUUGAUAAUGUAAUUUCUCAAUGCAUUAAUUUCCAAUCAAAUAAUUUUCUAUUAUUUGAUGCAUUUGAAACAAAUUACAGCCUAGAAUCAGAUGCCUCAACUAGUAAUAUUCCACUUUCAAGUCUAUUCCUGUAAAUCGAAUUGAUUGUUACCCCUUGUUAAGAGUAUCUAAACUUGAUUGUUACAAUUUAAAAUUCUAUACGGUUAUUUUGAUAUUCAACAUUGAAAAUGCAUUGCCAAAACGUAAAUCUUGAGUUGAAAAAUCAAAAAAUUGUUUCGUUUUAAACUAUUGUGAUUUAAUAGGUUUAGAUUAUAAUCUCAAAUAUUGUUCUCACAUCUUAGGAAAUUAGUCUUAGUCUUGGAAAAAUAUUCUUAGUUAUUUGUUUUUUUCAAUUGAGCCUAUUUAUUGGAAAGCUGAUGAACGUGACAGGGUCUAGCUCAACCUGAAGAGCCCGUCUAGCUGGUGGCCCGUACAGUCAUUUUAAGAUAUUGCAUUUUCAAUGCCAGCUACCUACAAGUAUUUUUUAACUGUUCAAAUUUAUAAAUUAAUCUUCUCAUUCUUGAACUUAGAUAUGAUACAUGAUUCUCCAAACGUAAUGGCAUACGUAUUGUGGACAAUUAUGAUCCCUAAGUACAGUAUUCAACAUAGUCCAGGUAAUCUAAUCCAGUCGAACUCACUACAUUUACAACUUAUUUCAUAAAUAAAACAAGUCAGGAGAAGCGUGCUCUGUUCGCAAGUGUAGAGCAAGGUCUAUAGAAAGAGGUUUAGACAAGCGGCCAUAUUGAGUCUUGUUGAAAAAUUGCUGUUAGUCUGAGCUGAUGACAAUAUAAUGUGUUAUUAGUAUGAGGAAUGCAGUGUAGUAUAAUACUAUAGUAUAGCCUAUUCCAAUAUAAUUAAAUAUAAAUCCCGAUUUUGAGAUUUAAUAUGGCUAAUUAACAUUGGUAGCCUAUCCUAACCCGUUUUUAUUGAAAUUGUAACUAUACACAAUCUAUGCAAAUCCUCAAGGAUCCGUCUAAGUUUUCAACUAUCGCAACAUUUGAAACCGAUUCAACGGGCUCUUCGACCUUUCCAAUGAUUUCCCUGGUUAUCAAAUCAUCAAUUUUUUCUUCAAAUUUGUCUUGAAUUUCCAUCUGAAUACGUCUUGCGGAACAGGCAUGUGGCAUUAAAUAUUUUUUAAACGAAUUUUGCACUUAUCAGGAAAACAAUCUAUUUUAUUGUUUUCUUGGUGCACAGUUUCCCCAGAACAUAACUUCCAACUACAAUGUUCAAAUCAUCAGGAUUCUCCAAAUCCGCAAAAUCCUCUUCGGAGUCCCCUCUACUUCAAACAAUACAACUACAUCAUCUUGUUCUGAUUCCGAGCUCUCAAACAGACUUCUCUUGGACUUGGACAGCUUUCCUUUUAUCUUUGAUUCUUUAAUGGCCUUCUCUUUUCCUAUUCGCUCUUUCUCGGGAGUAUCGGUCAAAAUUAGAGAUUUUCCCUUAGGUCUCCCUUUACGGGUUUCCUUCCUAGGCAAUGCUUUUGGGAAAGGUCUUAUGUCUUGAGGAGAAACUUUUUUUGAAAGGGGAGUGUGAGUUUCAGUAGUAGGAGAUUCUACAAGGUAUGUAGAGGAGGUUGAAGGUUUAUUCAUAUGGAUUGAUGAUUGAAUAGAGUUUGUUGAAGGUUCAGUUAGAUAGCUCAAUUUAGUAGCUGGUAAGGGUCUGUCAGUGACAUUAGAUGACAUAAAUUCAUUGUCACUGAAAAUAUUUCCAUUCAAAGGAAGCAAUCCAGAUUUUUUGAACCCACUAAUGAUGUUGCUUUGUGUGAAGGCUAAGGGAAAUGCUCGUCCUACAAGUUCUGCCAAAUCAUAAAUUGUAGCCGGGUUUCCAGCAUUA